AUGGCCCUGCCAAUGAAGACCACCAUGAAGAAGGCAAUGAAGGGCAGCGCUAUGAAGGCCAAGUCCAUGAAGGCCAAGGCAAUGAAGGCCAUGAAGAAGAAGGCACUCAGCAAGAUUGCGCAGGGCAAGCGUGCGAAGCUUGCCGUGUUCAAGGGCAGCAAGGAGAAGACCUACACCGGCCUCCACAAGACGGACCUGAUGAAGAACAAGAGCGGCCGGAUU